AUGGUAUCCGAUAUGAGUUCUGAUGGUUUCGAAAUGAUUGAAUCCGAAGACGUUAUCAAACAAAUGCUUGUGGAUGAAAAACCUGAUCUCGAGAAGAUCAGGAAAUGGCUGAGCCCUACAGAUUACCUAGCAUCAUCCAGCGAAUUCAAUCGCCAUGCUUCAUCUAAAGCCCGCAAUACGGGGGAAUGGAUUCGAGAGACUUCACAAUUUGAACAAUGGCAUUCAUCUGCUGACCAUGGAUCUAUAUGGAUCAAGGCAGUUCCGGGUGUGGGCAAGAGUGUCCUUGCAGCCUCCAUGGUUCAAUCGCUUUCGGCCAAUGAGUCCGUUCCUGUUCUCUUCUUUUUCUUCAGGCAAAUUAUCGAAAAAAAUCGCACUUCUCGUGGUCUUUUGCGAGAUUGGAUGUGCCAGCUUUUGCCCUUCAGCGAAGUCUUGCAGUUGAACCUGUUUGAGCAUGUGAAAAAUGGACAGAGCCUGGAAAGUAUUACUACAGCACAUUUGUGGAAACAUCUUUUGACUGGCCUAAGAAUGCUCAAACGAGUCUAUUGUAUCGCUGAUGCAUUAGAUGAGAUGAAUAUGGACGAGGAAUUCCUCUCUCAGCUUAACGCCUUGGGAUCAUUUAGACCCGCUCAAGUCAAGGUUCUAUUAACCAGUCGACCUAAACAAUAUCUCCAACGAGCGUCCAAAGAUCCCCAAGUUAUUCACGUCAGUCUCGAGGAGGAACUUGUGAAACGUGAUAUAUCUGUUUUUGUUCGUCAGCGCGUAAAGCAAUUUGCUGAGGACGGCAUCAGUGAGAACAUGCAAAGUUUCAUCCAGAGCACUGUAUGUGAGCGAUCUGAAGGCCUAUUCUUGUAUGCUCGCCUUAUGCUCGAUCAAAUCAGUCAAUCUAUCAAGAACAAAGAACAAAAUGAGAUUUUGAUACGAGAAAUGAUAGUUAAAUUGCCCGUUGGUCUUGAAGAGAUGUAUAACAGGGUACUUAUCGAUCAUGCUUCACUUACAAACAUCCAUCAGGGUACACAAGUCAUGAUUUUACAACUAGUUACUCAGUCGGCACGACCCAUGCGCCUAAUAGAAAUUGUCAAGGCUAUUGAAGACAAUCAUCACCUUUCCAAAAGUGACAGAGACAGUAAAGACAUUGUCAGGUUUGGCUGUGGUCCACUUCUCGAGAUCAUGGAAGAUGGGGUUGUGCAAAUUUUGCACCACUCUUUCACUGAAUUCCUUUUGGACGCUGACCGCACUAUACGUAAAUUGUCAAACGUUCCUCAAUUUCCUGUCAUCGAUCCGAGAAUUGCCCACCGCGAUAUUGCGCUUUUAUGUAUCAGCGAACUUCAAGGGGAGGCAUUUUCUUCCUACCCGAUGCUAGAUAAUGUGAAAUAUGGUGGAGGUAACGUGGAACAAUCCAUGCGACAAAAGUUUGACUUUGCUCAAUCGUUCGUACAGUAUCCAUUUGUUGAGUAUGCUGCAAAGAACUGGACUUAUCAUGCCAAAGCGUACGACUAUGAAGAUGCAAGUUUCUAUGAGACACUGGAAGAGUUCUGUAAUUCUGAUAGCCAGGCAUUUAAAGCUUGGUUAUGUUUGGCCGACAAGUUGAGAAACUCUCCCGAUACGUUACGUUACCGGCUACAAUUUGGUCAUAAUCAAGCUCCAGCAUCAGAAAUGACUUCCCAUCUUCAUAUAGCUUCUAGUUUCGGGCUAGGCUGUUGGACACAGAGACUGUUGGAAAAUGGCGCAGAUGUUGAGAUACGAGAUAGUACUGGAAAUACUCCUUUGUUUUGGGCGGCUAAAGGAGGUCAUACCGAAGUUGUGAGUAGAUUACUAGAUACUGGCGCUAAGCCAAACAUCGGCGGACAUGAUGGACUGAAGCCUUUCCAUGUUGCAGCCUCAAAUAACCAUGCAGGAGUGGUUAAGCUUCUGCUUGGCGCUGGUGUAUCCCCCCUUACAACUCGGGCGGAAGAUAUAUCAAGACGCUGUGGGAAUGCACCACCAAAUGCCAGUCAACACCCACUGAUGAUCGCCAGUAAUGCCGGUCAUGUUGAAACAAUAAUUGAGAUGAUUCCGUAUUGCGAGACAAAAGAACUUGAAGAAGCUUUAUUACGAGCAGCUCAUCGUGGACAUCAUAUUUUGGUUUCUACUCUCUUAGGAAAAACAGAUGUUUCUCCCAACGCAAAAGCGCUCGUAGGGUAUGGUGACAUGGGGUUUAUAAGAGGCCAGACUGCCCUAAUGGUAGCGACGAGUUCCCUCGAAGCAAGAUCUGUAAAGGCCAUAAUUGAGAAAGGAGGGAUCGCAAGUCUAGGUAGCGAUCACUUAACGGAGCUUGGCUCUGCUCGUCCCAUUGUGCAUAGUAGAAAUCUACCAGAACCGGAAGAUAGAACGCCACUCCAUAGUCUUGCUAUGACUGCGAUCAACCAAAAUAAUCGAGCUGCUGCGAAGGGAAUCUUAGAUAUGCUUUUUUUGGCAGGUGCUGAUCUUGAAGCCCGGGAUAGCAACGGCGACACUCCUCUGCUACUCACAGUUUCACCAAAAACUCAUAGAUAUUUUCAAAUUGCUCUGGAGCUUUUACUCUCCGCUGGUGCUGAUCCGUGCACCAUGAACUCUGAUGGCGAGUCUUUACUUCACCGAAAUUGUGAAGAGCUAUCAUCGACUGACUUUGCCAAACAACUUUUGGUCUUCGGAGCAAACCCUAAUCAAGCUCGAAUAUCGGAUGGAGUAACUCCGCUACAUUGUGUGGUGGAAAACAGACAUAAGCCAGCCGAGCUCAUUGAAUUGCUUGUCAACCAUGGUGCUGAUAUCAAUGUCCAAGAUAACAAUGGAGAUACUACCCUGCAUCGUGCUUGCAGAUCUUCAUUAAUCCAAUCAGGCGAUCUGAUCCCAGCUAUUUUGAGCCUUUCACCUGAUACCAAUAUCCAAAACAAUCUUGACGAAACAUGUUUGCACAAUGUGUAUCGGUUUAUAGAUUCAGGGCUGGUAAGCACUAUAAUCGACACUGGUAUGAAUCUAGAAAAACGUGACCACGAAGGGAUGUCGGUCCUACUCAAAGCCAUUGCUAAAUAUCAAGGUACAAAUAUGGAGAUGGUAGAAGUGCUUUUGAGUCACCCGAAGAAGGCUUCUAUCUCUGCUCGAACGUGGCAGGGCAAAACAGUGCUGCAUCUGGCUUGUCAUUCUCGUAACUCUGUUGAGCUUCUUAAGAUACUCGUAAAACACGGAGCAGAUCUCAAUUGGACCGAUAGCACGAAUGGGAACACUUUGCUACAUGAGACUGCGGCACAUAUUAUGGGAACAGUCCAUGGUAAUCGCUACAAUUCUCUGAGUAAAGACGGCAAACAAACUUUCGUAUCAGUUGUUCGUCGGUUAUGCCCUAAAUUCGAUGUAAACGCGAAGGAUAUAAAUGGGUAUACGCCUCUUCACUAUGCAUGCGCUACUUCCGAAUAUUCAGUCUUUGCUCUGAUCACAGCUGGCGCCGAUUUGAAUUCCCAGUCUUUCAAUCGGCGCACGCCGCUUCAUUGCGCUGCUCGCGGACGGCAGUGUGGUGUUCUAUCAAUGUUGCUCAACCAUGCUCAAAGAAUUGGUUUUACCAUAGAUAUCAACUCCCAAGACUCUGAUGGCAUGACACCUCUUCACUUUGCCUGUAUAUCAGGUAGACCUGAAUCCGUUAGUAUUUUGAUCUCAGCUGGUGCUGACAUUGAAAAGAAAACCAGCCGAGAAACGUCGGGGACAACUCCGCUAAUGUCAUGUGCCAUGUUCCUCGAGGAAGAUACGAUAUGGAAAUUGCUACAAGAUAGAAAGCUCAUUGACUUCAGCGUUCAGGAUCCUUUCAGAACUCUCUCAGGGUCUUCUGGGACCAUGCGGCCUGAGACUGACCUGGAUGAGGUAACACAACAUAUUACGUGCCGUAUUGGUGUCAUUGCGCACAUGCUUAUAAAAGCUGGAGCGAACACUGAAAAUGCUUUUAUUCCGGCACUCGAGGCAAAAUGCGCGGAGCUGGUAUAUGCCAUUAGGGGCGAAGAUUCUACGAGAAGCAAAACUUUUGCCAAGAAUCAACUCAUAGCACAAAUGACAAGUAUUGAAAAAGCACUAGAUGAUUGCAGCCACGAAGAUAUCGACUUUAUAAAAUGCAAGAACAUGAUGUUUCGAAGACUAAUGACUUUCAAGGCAAAACUGUUCGAUGACCCACAAUAUACCGGUAACAUUGCCGAUAGUUUUGUCACUGGUUGGGGCAUUGUUCGACCACUAUUACAAGUGGCCUGUGAGCGGCCGAUCUGGAACAUGGACAUAGUCAAACUUCUAAUUGAAGAAGGUCAAGUGGAUGUAAACGCGCAUUAUGUGACAAAAAGGAGAAGUGAUGUUACAAUGACUGAAGAAUUAAUCCAAGGAACAACAGCACUUCAUAUCUUAGCGAAAGGGAAAUCCUGGUGGCAAGUUGAGGCUAUUCAAUACUUGGGUGAACACGGUGCCGAAUUAGAUAUCUUGGAUGGGAAGGGUCGUACUCCUCUAGAAAUUGCAAGUACAUACAUUGAAAACGGUUCAGCAGCAAGGAAAAAUCUCUUCGGCACUCAAUGUUGUGAGGCGCUCCUUAAACUAGGAGCUGACCCCAAUAAAGUGAAUCUGGAAGGCCUCACAGCUCUCAACAAGGCCGGUUCCGAUGAAGAGACCAUUAGAAUGCUACUAAAAUACGGGGCAGAUGUUAAUAGAGGAACAAAAAGCGUUCUCAUAUCAGCCAUAGAAUACGGAGAUGUGAAGACUCUCCAGCUGUACCUCCAAAACGGAGUUGAUCCUAGCGUGCCGGACAACUCAACAGAUUCUAGUUACCGAUCUCAGUGUGCGACAGUCAAUGUAGCUAGGAAAUAUCUAAUCGUAGUGGCAGCAUUUCCAAAGGGUCCGAAAGCAUAUUCUGCUUCUAUAGCUGCAGAGAUGAUACAACUUCUGCUGGAUCAUGGUGCUAGAGUUGAUUUGGCUGUCGAAGAGGGGGAAAGCAUUUUACACUAUCUGUUCGCAAAUGCCACGUCCGCAACCCUCCGUCCAUCUUUUGAAGGGCCAGGAAUAGAUAUGAAUACUAGGGAUAAACAUGGUCGAACAGCUCUCUUAUGUGCCAUUUCUAACUCCACUAAGAGGGAAGGUCCAUACCCACAUGUUACACCUUCUAAACUCGAAAAGUCACAACCACCAUACGUACCGCCCUAUUUACACCUAGUAAACUCGGCAACCCAUGGCCCCUCUCUCGACUACCUGGCAGUUGAUAACGAAGGGCGUCACAUAAUCUUUUAUUUACUCUCCAGAUGGACCUCCGAAACGGCACCAUUAUUUCUUUCCAUUCCAGGUGUCCGCUCUCUCUUUACCCAAAAAGAUAAUGCGGGUUAUUCUCCCCUCCACUGUGUUUUAUCAUCUCAUUCGAUUCCUACACCUCCCACCAAUAUCGUCAACAUCUUCGUAAACGACGGGGGUGCUGAUCUUCUAGAGUCAGAUCCAGAAUUCAAUACUGCGUUACAUCAUCUAACCCGCAGGCGUCCUUACAACCAGCCGGACGAUUCUUUCCGAGUCAUGGAACAAUUUCUCUCUUCAAGUGGGUUUAUCGACGCGUGGAAUGAUGCGGGCAUGACACCUUUACUGGUAUAUCUAGCUGGUGGAGAGGACCAAUCUCGUUUACCGUGGUAUGAAGAGCAUGGUGCGGACUUCAAGGCUACAAACAAUGAAGGACAAGGAGCUCUACAUUUUGUGGCGGCAAAUAAACCUGUUACGCAUGCACUUCCAGAGAAACGCGAAGAACUCAAAAAAGCAAGAGCAGAUUUGUUUGAGGCGUUGGUAAAGAAGUAUGGAUGUGAGGUGCUAGAUGAAGAUUCGAAGGGGAGAACGGCGUUGGAUAUUGCAGCUGCAAUGGGAAACGAGGAGAUUUUGGAAUUAUUCCAGAGGAGGAAAUAGGAGACUUGGAUCUUAUGAUCUUGCUUUUCGUUUUGUCUAAAUGUUAAUCCCUCAUUUGUCACUGUACCCCCUUUCUUAUUCUUCGUCUAACAUCCGCGUCAAUUUGAACAUGUUGAUAAAUACAAUCAAUUGAGCGUCU